UUGCAGCUCAGAGGGCUUUCGGAGUCGUUGUAUUGGUCAAACCCAGCGAGCGAGCAGGCAGGCAGGCAGGCGUGUCCCAAACACUCACGCAGACGCAUAUGCUCGCACGCAUUUUGGUCUCCAGUGCCGGGCUCUCUUUGAAAGGAAGCUCUCUCUACUCCACAGCGUCAAGCUGCAGCUGAUACACACGGCUACUGCAAAAGGACGUUUAACGCGGGGGGGUGGGGUGGGGGACUUUGGGCCUGCUCGGUGUUUUGAUGUGGGACAGCAAAACGUGCGGAAGAGAUGUUUUUCCUCUGUAUCGCUCGCUGUCUUUGAUUUUAAAUCAAAUGCAUUUUCUGGUGUAAUCAAGAAAUGUUUGCUCCUUUGUCGGAGCAGUGGGAUGCGUCGCUGAAAAGGCGAUGCAAAAUAAGGCAAAACGUGCAUGGAAUAGUAGUUAAUAUCAAGUUUAACUAGAUGUGUUUUAUAAGACGUUUUAAUGGAUGUAGUCCGCGCUCUCUGUGCAUGGGAAUUCACGAAACCGUUCCACCGCUGCUCUUUGAGGCUUAGCCGAUAAAAGUUUACGAAAAGGAAAACAAAUGUCACCUGCAAGACGACUCGUUGCAUUGUAAUGCGCAGAGGACGAUUGCUGCAGUACGGCUCCGGAGAAAUGUCUUUCGGGCUAUAAUCGGGCGUCACAAGAAGGAAGAAAUGGGACUGCGCGUGUUCAGGCUGUGGAUCGGACCCUUUGCAGUGUUGGCCCGGUCUCUCCUGCUAAUUGCGCUGCACAGCGGCGAAUGCGCUUGUCCCAGGAUUUGCCGCUGCGAGGGAAAGUUUGUGUACUGCGAGUCCAUGGCUCUGAGAGAGAUCCCAAUGAACAUCACGACCGGCUCCCUCGGACUAUCUCUCCGCUACAACAGCCUUAAGAGUCUGCCGGAGAAUCACUUCUCCGGGCUGAAACAACUAACGUGGCUUUACCUCGACCACAAUCACAUCCAGCUGGUGGCCGAAGGAGCUUUCAUCGGGGCUCGCCGUCUCAAAGAGCUCACCCUGAGUUCGAACAAACUAAUCCGCCUCCCCAAUGCCACCUUUCACCCACUUGUCAACAUGCGCAGCUUGGACAUCUCCUUCAAUCAGUUGCAAAUGUUGGAGGCCGGCCAGUUCCGAGGGCUGCGCAAGCUCCAGUAUCUCCACAUGCGAUCCAACCAACUGCGCACUGUGCCCGUGCGAAUAUUCCAAGAUUGUCGCUCGAUAGAGCUGCUAGACCUGGGGUACAACCGGCUGAGGGUGUUAGCACGCAAUGCUUUCACGGGACUAGGAAGGCUCACGGAGCUUCAUUUGGAGCACAACCAGUUUGCAAAGCUUAACCUGGCCCACUUCCCACGCUUAAUAAGCCUCAGGACGCUAUAUCUGCAAUGGAAUCGCAUUAGCGUGCUAAUGCAGGGAAUGGCAUGGACCUGGAGCUCACUCCAAACCCUGGAUCUCUCGGGCAAUGAGAUACAAUUGAUUGGGCCAGGUUUUUUCCAGGGACUGUCAAAACUGCAUAACCUUCGUUUAGACUCAAAUAGGCUGGCUGCUGUCAGCUCAGAAACCAUGUCUGCCUGGACAGGCCUGAGCUCACUUAAUCUGGCUGGGAACUCUUGGCAAUGCAAUCAAAAUAUUUGUUCCAUUGCAAAUUGGUUGAAUUCCUUCCAGGGAACUCAGGAAGGAGUUAUGCGGUGUGGCAGCCCUCAAAAUUUUCUGGGGCAAAGUAUAAUUGAUGUGGCCUUUAAGGAUGGCAUAUGUAGGACAUCAACAGUUUCAUCGGCUGAGAUACCCAAAGUCUCAACCACAAUAACCCUUCCUCCUCAAACAAACCGGGCAGCAACCAAUGAACCAGGCAACACCAAGACGACUAUCUCCACUCCCAUACCAACCUCUGCAUCCCCACUUCCAUCUCAAAGCUGGGAAACGGGCUCAGAUUCUGAGCACACAUCACUUUACAAAAUUCUGGCCGGCAGCGUCGCAUUGGUGCUGUCAGUGCUGGUGAUGCUGCUGGUGGUGUAUGUGACGUGGAAGCGCUACCCGGCCAGCCUCGGGGAGCAACUGCAGCCACAAGGUUCACUGGCAGGGCAGGAGCAACGCGAGCAGCAUCAGCAGCAUCAGACAUUGCAAGCGCGGCGGGGUAGGCGACCUGCCAGGAAGAUAGAGGGGAAGGCUACCCGGCAACACGAUGGAGCCAUCCUGGCGCAGGAGUACUACGUUGAUUACAAGCCAUCCAACUCCGAGGCUGGGGACUUGCUGGGAAAUGGCAACGCAGCAUUCAUGAUGCAGUCCAUGGGCAACAGGGAUUGUCAGUUGCCAUUGGCGCCAAACCCUCCGACCGUGUUCGGCUACACCGAGCCACCACCCGUGCCGGCACGGCAAAGGGCGGUGCGGUUCUGCGACGUGCACCAGCAGUUUGAGCUGCAGGAGCGGAUGCAGCCUUCUCUCCCACCGCCUCCUCUGCCGCUGCCACCACAACCCAAGCACUUGCAAGGCCAGCAUCACUCCCAGAACCCUCAGGUGCAUGGUGGCUCACAGCGACAAGAGGGCCUGGACUUUGGAACUUCUACAUCUCAGCAGCACGGGUUCCCUCAUCAACACGUGGGGAUCGCUACUGUCAUGCCUCCGCUAGUUCCGCAGCACUACAGCCCCGAGAUGCUGCCCUACAGGUAGGAAGGGACAUGCUGUGGCGGAGAACAGAAGCAACACGAUGCUCUAGUAAAAACUGUCAUUGUCACGCUGGCGGGAAGAAAACGGCGCACUUAAUGAGAAGACAGCAAUGUGACGACUAAAAACCGAUGGGAUGUUGUGGAUUUUGUGAAGAAAUGUCCUCAGUAUCAGAUCUCCAGUAUGGGAAAUAUGAAAAUGCAGACAUGUGAGUUAAAUGUACCUCAGUUUGUCAACUCCUCCCAGCAGGCAUUGUACGAUAGACUGCAGGAGAAAUUUUUAAGGAACAAAAAGCAAGAGACAAAAAACUAUGUACCGUAAAAGGAUACACUUCCUUUUGGAGAGAAGCAUACAUAUAUAUACAAUCACACACUGUGUACAGGAUGUUCCUUUAACUCAUGAUGUUUGUCAAGGGUCGGUGAGUUGUGAAUUUCUCGUGUGGUACACAAUUUUAUGAUGAAGGCUAAAUUGACGUUCAGGAAAUGCUGAAAUGUAUGGUGUGAUGAAUGUUGGAGUAUAUGCCACUUGUACUGUUGGUAGGAAAUUGAAAAUGCAGGUCAAGAUCUCUUUAUAAGGCAUAUUGCAAUGGAGGAAGAUACGAACCCCUCCACCUCAUAGUCUCAAGGGUCUACAGGCAUCCACUGAAGCAAAAAAAAAGAUGGCAUUUAUAAGGUGGAAUCCGACUGGGAUAUAAAAUCCAUAAGAUUUGAUUAUGCUUGUCAACUUGCAUGCGUGUGUGAUUUUUCAGACUUUUGGAAUUUUAUGGAGUACAAUAUAAAGAGGGUAAUUCUACAGGUUCAAAGGAUUUAACCUUGCCUGCAAUAUAUAAAUUCAAGAAGGUGCAAAGAUUACUCAUCUGCCGAGACAAUUAUAAUUGUUCUGGAGCUCAGUGUACAGAAAGAGGGCCUUGUGUUUUUAAAGCGCUUAUAGAAUGAUAAUUUUAAUGAGGCCUCAUUGUGAACAAUAUAGGCCGACCUUAACUUUAAUGGCACUGGCUUGGAUAACAAUUACACAAACAUGAAGUUCAAUAUUAAACAGAUGUCACUCCUGUAUUUUGCUGAACACAUUGUCAGAAAUUGUAUCUAAAUAUUUUUGCAUUGUCCUCUUCUCGCACUUUUGUUCAUAAUCCUUUGCAAUGUUUACAUAUGCUGUUGUUUAUACACUCAUUUGCAUUUAAAUAGCCCAGGUCUGGUUGUAAAAUGGCUGGACGUGAAAUUAGUAUUCCAAACCACAUGGAGCCAGAUUUCCUCUUUGACACCAUGUUCUAUAUUGUUUAAUGUACAACAUUUUUUUGAUGUACACCAUGUGACGCACUGAGAGCAUUACAAAGUACUGUAUCUUGAUUUAUUCACUACAUUGAUGACAUUUUUUAAUAUAUAUUAAUAAAGGGGACAGCUCAGCAACCUAAUUAUUUCAAUCGUAUUUGAAAACUUAGCUUUUCCCUUCCUAUUGACCUUAGGGCUAUAUUUUUUUGUUCAAAAGUUGACUACAAAACUUUAAUUCGUGAAGCAGUUAAGUGAUUCAAAGCAGCCAAUGAAAAUUGUAUAAUCUUGAAGCCCACGUCUUUGUCAGUGGUGUGAGUUCUACAAGGACAGGUGUAAUAGAUUAAUCCCCCUCUAUGCGCCAUGUAAUUUCUCAAAGACGUCGGUAAUCAUGGCCUCUAAAAAACAGUUGUUAAAGUUAGCUUAAAUACUUUAACACAAACUCCAGCAGCACUGCGCCAACAAUCCUUACCGUAUAUUAUAUCCGUUGCUUUCGCUUGUUGGUUUUAUUCAUCCACCCGUAAACCACAUACAAAAUGUUUGUAUUCCAUUUACAAUUCUUGCUAAAAUUGCAUUGUGGAUCACCUAGUAUAGCCAAUAAAAAAAAAUAUGCUCUAUAUUCCUGUCUUUAUUCCCUUUCUAAUUCAGGAAAAGAAAAAUAAAUGUUGACUUCCAUUCUAUGCCUCCACAUCAAGAUGAACUUUUUUUCCCAUCAGCCUGUGGGC